CACUCACGACUGCUGAUGUAGAUCUAUCAACCAGAACUUUGUUCUUUCAGCUCGUAAUUCCCAAUCUCCAUUCUUCCCCAUCACUUCCCACCGCGCUGCAGCUUGUCUUCUUCGAUUUCCACUUGGCCUCAUUUCUAGCGUUGCGCUAGACCCUGAGUUCAGAAACCUUUCUGCGACAGACUUGAGUCGCGGACAACGUUACGGUACAGCUCCUUUAUAGUGCAAGAACACUCUCAACUUGCUGUCGUCAGCUGUGAAGAAGUGGUCUACAAUGGUUUCGCAUGCUUGCUCCGACCCUUUCCCUCGCUUGCCCGCGGAGAUCAUGCACACUAUACGCGAAUUUCACUCGCCACGCAAACAAGAAUCUUAUCGCCACGAGGAACAUGUGCUGCUCGCUAUCUCCCAAUACUGGUUUCGCAUCGUGAUGGCUGCCAAGUGGCGUCAUCUCGAGGCACCUGUCAAUAGAGUCUUGGCUCACAUUGAGACUUACAAGACCUUUCCAUGGCUUCGAAAGGAGAUUCAAUCACUUGAGGUGGGCGGGGAUUAUCCCAUGUGCAAUUUUGCCAAACACACUUGGGGCUAUUACUUCGAUUACACAAUGUUGGACCCGAGCGUCCGAUUUGUGCCCCCCUUACAAGAGAGGAUUUUCAUGGAUCUACGACGCAUCUUGCGCGUGCCCUUCUACGGCUACCACAGCGGCGACCCCUCACAUCCGGAUGGUCUCAAGGUGGAUAAAGAUCAGUACAAGCUGCAGAUGGCUGCACGACAAUCGGCGGGGAGUCCGCCGUGCAGGUGCGAGAUGUGUCAACGGAUCGACGAGCCUAAUUGGCCUUUUCCAGAGUCGCCGGACUUUUACGACGACGACGCCUUCACGGUCCGGGACCAGUUUUGCAGUGAUCCAGAGGUUUUUUGGGAUUUCAACGGACCGUAUGGGACGGGUCCGAUCCCAGGAAUAAGCUGCUUCAGUGACUAUUGGAAGGCGGUGGAUGUCUUGCUUAGUCUGGUCAGACCUGAGCACCUACGCCUGGUCGACAGAGCGUCACCAGUGCCCAAAUUUCUUGCGAGUGCCAUUGCUUCUAUGGGCUGUGUGAAGCGUCUUGACAUACCGAACACGAUACCGUACUAUUACGUUCCAGCACACUACACGAGGAUCAUCGCCAACAUAGAAGAACUCAACAUCAGUCUAGGUUGGGUGGGUGAGGAAGUGGCCUAUCUGGAUCACUGGGAUGGUUGGCGGGACGAGGAAAAUGACGUAGCGAUUUCGGAUGAUCAGCGCGAGACUAGGGACGAGGAUGGAAACGAUUGCCACGAAGUUCCUUCUGCAAAUGACGAAGAUGCAGAAGAUGAAGACGAGUCUCGCGACGAGCGAGCCGAAUGGGUGCCUGAUUCGCUAGGCUACGUCAAUUCCACUCUAGACGCACAAGGCCGGCACACGUUGAAGCUGGAGACCAGGGACGAGUCGCAACGCUUGAUCGACGAUGCCCCUCCAAACUCCUUGUCAGGUCGUCUGCUUGAGCUAGUCGAGUCCGGCGCACGUCUUCGGCGGCUGACACUGCUUGACCCUGAAACAUGCGUAGCUUUGUUUAGCGCACGCCUUCUCCCCAUUUUCGCCACGCUCGACGCUGUCGACACAUUCAUCACCAAGCCGGGCAGUGCGCGAGAGUUGCCCACCCUAGGUGUACAAGAUCCAGGAGCUCAUCUAGCGUACACGAUACCUUUGAGCAGUCUACGAGUUGCAUUCCUAGCGCUAGCUCAUGACAGCGAUCCACCACGUGCACUUCGAGAGUCAGACGUUCACAAGGUAGCCGACCAACCCGACUUUUGGAUCUUGUCAGAAAACUUGCAUAAGAUGGCAAGUGCAAUAGUCCAAAAGUUCAACGAGCGCGAGAACCUUCGGGGCGCAGGGCAUCCUGACACCGCCACCAAAGGGUAGUCAUCACGUCCCUGUCAUGAAUGACGAGGUUGCAUUAAGAAUCCAUAUGGUCAGCGCCUUCGACUUUCGCUUUCCGCUGUGCGACCACAGCACCGCGGACCUCAUCCACUUCGAUAUGGCGAAAUCGCUACCCAAGGCUGCGUCUUUGACUCCCCGCGACAUAGCGGGACUCAAUAUACACCACAGAUCUCUCGUACAAUUCGCGUGCUCCUGUUUAUCCAAUCACCAAAAACGAAAGCGAUGGAUCAAGAGACUCUCAGGGAUACGCUCAGGGCUGUAUAAAAGUAUAUGUGCUCGCUCUUGCACAGCAAUGCGCCG